AUGCCCAAGUUUAUUUCUAUUCCCCUGAAAAAGACGAAACCUGUUGACUGGACAAAUCCUUUGAGCACUUAUAUUGGCCGUAUUUAUGGGAAAGCCAGUGAUUUCGAGCACGAAAUCGCCACUUUCAAUAAACUAAGGACAGACCUUAUCCACUGCGACGAGGACCCCAUUGGCAGAGAUCUAUACUAUAGAUAUUAUGGUCAGCUUGAGAUGCUAGAGCUGAGAAUUGCCGUGGACAUAUUGGGAAUUGAGUUCUGCUGGUACGACGCCUUUGUUCCUUCCGUUUCCCACAAGCAGCAUUCGCUGGCAUUUGAAAAGGCAAGUGUUUUAUUCAAUUUGGCGGGAAUAAUGUCACACCUGGCAGCCACAGCAGAUGAGUUGAAGGCCAGCUACGAAUGGUUCCAAAAAGCUAGCGGAGUUUAUCAGUACAUCCAGGAGAGCUUUUUGCACGCUCCGUCCGACGACCUUAGUGUUCAGAGCAUGCAGGCUCUUGCAAAAUUGAUGCUUGCUCAGGCACAAGAAGCUUUCUUAUUGCGAUACAUCGAGACCACAGAAGAGCCCAAACAGUCGCUUUUGGCCCGUUUGGCCAAAUCCACCGCGAAACUGUACGGCUCAGCAUCCGAGCUGAUUCAAAACGUCAAGACCAUGCAAUACAACUGGCACCAAUACACCAAAUUGAAAGAACUCUACUAUCUGUCGUACGCAAACUUCCAGCAGUCUCAGCUACUCAAAAGCUCCAAUAAAUAUGGCCAGGCCAUUGCCUACAUGAAGCUGGCUGAAGAGACGAUAAAGAAACAUAGCGGUUACAGCUCUUUAUUUGACCCUACUUUCAAGGAUAAACUCAAAGAACAUGCCAAAUUGGUGAGGUCAGAGUACGAAUUGCUAGAAAAGGACAACGAUUUCAUCUACCACGAUAUGGUUCCAAACGCAUCCACUUUACCGGAAAUCAAGCCGAUGGAUAGUGCUAAAGCAAUUGCUCUUGGUGACCAGAAAAUUUCAGAGAUCGUUGGCAAGGACUUGUUCGACAGAAUUGUUCCGUUGAAAGUUCACGAGCAGUCGAGCAUGUACUCUGAGGAGGUUGCCAAGCUACUUAGGGCCGAAAGCGAGAAAUGUGAGCUGGCUGAUCUUGAGCUCAACUCCACGCUCGAAUUCCUUCAGCUUCCAAAGUCGCUUGUCGACCUUCGUUUUUUGCUGGAGGAAACAAACAGCAAUGAAAGCAGCGAAGUUAAUUCAGACACCAUUGAUGCGCGAGUGGUACAAGGAGCAGCGGCCAUCAUGAACGAACCCGUGGACACUUCAAGGUCUGCAAAUCUCAGAGCACAGGUGCAAAGCAAUGUUGACACUUGUGACAGGCUUGUUGCUCAGGAAGCUCAAAAGUAUGACUCAAACAAAGCUAAACAUGGCACAGCGUGGGUUCAGGAGCAGUAUCCUGCUGCCCUGAUGAACCUGAAGCAAGAUCUCGCACGCGCAAAAAAAUCUCUGCUCGAUGCUAGCGAGACCGAUAAGAAGAUUGGUGCGAUUUACAACAAGAUCAAACCAGACAUUGAAAUUUUGAGCAAAGGUAUAUCUAGUGCGGAGGUGGCCCGUGAGUACAACAAAACUACCAAGGAGCCCGAAUCUUUGCUGGAUAUGGACGAUGAGCCAGUGAAUGUGGCCGGAUCGAGAGAAAAACUGACUAAAGUCGAUAACAAGCUGCAAGAGCUGAGAUACCUUCAGAAAGAAAGAUCCAAUACCUAUGAGGAUUUGAAGGAGAAAGCCCACAACGAUGAUAUCUCGAAGUCGUUGAUCAUGAAUCGGAAUACGGCCCAAAUAGAAGAGAUUUUUGAAGCUGAGCUGGCGAAGUUCCGACCAUAUCAGGAAAGAAUAGCUUUGACAGUUGAAAAACAGAUUCCAUUGAUCAACGAUCUGAAAAAAGCAAUGAACGAGGUGUUGGACGACUAUACGGUAAAAUGCAGACUCAAGAAGCGCGAGUCGUCAAAGAGCACUACACAGGCGGUUAACGCGCGGUUUCUCAAUUCUAUUGAGCAGUGGAAUACAUACAAAGGCGGCGUUGCUGAAGGCGAAGCCUUCUAUGAACGGUUGCUCACUUUUACCUCGAAUUUGCGAUUUGCACUUGAGAAACUGGUGAGUGAGCGUAGCAACGAGGCAGAUAAGCUUGUUCACCAGAUAGAGACAAACGGUCCACAGCGAGACCAGGACUUGCUGCGGCAGCAAUUUGAACGGUUCAGCUUGCAGAACCAGGCGCCUGCUGGACACUACGGCCAGCCAGGCAGUUUUGCCUCUUCGUUUUCUUCUCCAGCAGGAUCAUUUUCUAGUCCGUCGGCGGCGCCACCACUGCCUUCGAAGCCUACCACCAGCACAGAUUUCUAUAGCACUCCUUCUGCCUAUGAUCCGUCGCUCUAUUCGCAAUUCAACAGGAGAGUGUAA